GUACACCUCAUUGUCAAUGCCUAACUGGCAUUUUAUGAUUCAUCAUUCAUAUAGCUAGAUAGGAGAAUGGAGUGCUUGAAGACAAAACAAGUCUAGGAUUUCAGCCUUGAUUCUCCUCUGGUCUUUUCCUAUCUCCACUCUCAUUUUGGCUUUUACCUCUUAAAACCCCCACACUUUUUGUAAAGGACUAAAUAGAUAGAGCUAAUUAAUUAGAGGGAGGGUACUACUGUGUGUGUGACAUAUUUCUUGGACUAUUUAGCAACAACAAGCUAAGGGGUGUCACUGCUCACUAACAACACUUGUGUAGUAGUAGUAGUUCUUUGCUCAUCAUUAAAUUCCCCCCACACAAAUAAACUUCCCAUUUGGUUUUCUUGAAUUCUUUGUCUCAGACAUACACAUAAAUCAAAUGGAUUAUGGAAUGGUGGCAGCUGAUUCAGAAUGCAGUAGUGGAUGUGAGUCUGGUUGGACUUUGUACUUAGAAAAUUCUUACUUAACUUCUUGUAAAGACAAUAACUUUGAAGGUGAAAAGAGUUUAAAGCAAAAACAAGAAGAAGAAGAAGAAGAAGAUUUGUCUAUGAUUUCUGAUGCAUCUUCAGGACCUCCAAAUUUUCAUCAAGAAGAAGAGUACUAUGGACACAACAUUAUUAAUGGUAGUCAUUAUUAUGCACCCAUUAAUAAUCCAAAAAUCAAUUCAAAGAGGCAAAAAGCUAAGGAAAAAAAACAAAAACAACAACUUUCUGUACUGGAUGAUACAGCUAGCUCACCUAUCUUCGAUUUCUCCAAUAACAAUUUCAAUAUCAACAAGAACACAGAGUCCGUGGAAAAUGUAAUGGAUUUUUCACAAGGCUAUUCUACAACACACUUUCAGGAGAGAUCUGCUUACCAGGAACACUACGGUUAUUUCCAGUCAUCUCUACUACCUGGAAACAAUUUGCAAGAAAACCAAUGGUUUGAAGAUAAGAGGUGGGAAUAAUUGCUAGGGUAGUUCGAGGCACUAAAGCUCCCGUUAUGUGCAGGAUCUGAAUAACUGCUAUCAUUUUCUUUUUUUUAAAAAAAAUGGUGAUGCUGUAUGGUGCCAAGUGAAUCUUUAGAAAGUGGAAAGGAGUUAAAUUUGUCUAAGCAAAAGGAACUGGAUAAAUUUGUCUAAGCAAAAGGAACUGGAUCUCUAAAGGGAUUCUUGUUCCUUUUCUUUUUCUGUUUUUUUUUUUUUUUCUUUCUGUUUUUUUUUUUUGUUUUCUUUUAGCUGUCAAUGCAUUGGGAAACAGCUUUAAGAGAAAAAAAAAUGGGAAUUUAUUUCCUCCCUAAUUAUCUUCUUGUCAAUGAAUAGUAGUAGCUACAUUUUAGCUUUUCCCAA